UCUUCUUUUAUUCGCCUCACAAAGAGAUUAGAGAGAGAGGGACGACGAAGAGGAAGAGGGUCGGAGUCUUCGUCUCCCUCCUCCUCCUCCUACUACUCCUCGGCAUCUUCUCUGUCGCACUCUAAUGGCGGAGGGGAAGGAGAUGGAGUCCCCCGCGAGUUGCUCCGCAGCGGCGGCGGCGGCGGAGGAGGAAAAGGGGAGGGAGGGGAUGCCCGUCCCCGUGGAUCCGUUCCUCGUCGAGGCGCUUGGAAACCCUAGGCAUCGGGUCACUGAAGUGGUUGCCUUAUGUAUACCUAUUCCUACUGCAGUACUACGGAUGGAGAUGGACAUUCAGAGAUUCAUGAAGAACCCCGACCUCUACCAAUUUGAAUUCCCGCACUUUGCGACAUCAUAUCUUAGGCGCUGUGCCCAUCGUGUGGCUCAGCAUUACGGGCUACAGACCAUGUCCCUGGACAACACUACAGAUGGUUCAGGGAGUAGGGUAAUGGCAAGGAAGACACUUGAUAGUAAGUUCCCUGCCAUCUGCUUGUCAGAAGUUUCUGCCCAACAGCCCGAGAAGGAGAUUGCAGAGAAAAUCAAGAUUGCAAUUCGUCCAAGGCCAAGAAGUGCUUCCUCGCAAAAUGCAGCCGAGCUUUAUAAUAAAAGUGGACUCCGAACUGUAGAAGAGCGGAAGGAGGAAUAUGAUAAGGCUCGGGCACGUAUCUUUAGUGGCUCUAAUAGUCCUGUAGAGGAAGGGUCAUCUUCACCUGUUUUAGCUGAAGGAAGAGGCCUUUUUACCAACAGAGAUGAGCAGGAAUGCACUAAGGUCACCGAUGAUAUUGAAAAGUUCACUAAGGAAGGUGGGUCCAGGGUUGCAAUUUUCAAAGACAGGGAAAAGGACCGGAGUGAUCCAGAUUAUGACCGCAGCUAUGAUAGGUAUGUUAGAGGUCUCAUGCACAACCAGAGUUUCAGUUUGGGGGCAUGCACUAUGGUUCAGCCCCCACUUCCACAGUUCGAUGCGAGGAUCUCUCAAUUUGGACACUUGCCGAGGAACCAAACCCCCAUGAGCUACAACCUUCCUCACUCAGCUAUGAACCCUUAUUGUGCGGCUUUUGGACAAAGUGAGAGUACAUCUAAGGAUCCUGUCUACUUUCAAUGGCCUAACCCAGCUAUGAUAUACGCAAACUCCUACGAGCAGUUGAGACUCGCACAGCUUCAGGCACCAUUUUAUCAGCAACUUCUGAGCUUUGGGCAUCCUCAGAAUUGCUAGCAGGUAUUCCAGCUAUUGCUACUCGUUCCGGGUUCAUUGUUGUUAGGAAGAGACAUUCUAGCUUGUCGAAAUCAGUACCUUCUCAUUCAAGUAUUCUGUAGUAAGAAUCUGAUAUAUGCAGAUAGACUCUGAUUGGGUAACUUCUGUAGCGCGUGUAUUCUAUGUUUUCAUGACACUAUUUGAUGAAAACAUAUUUUUGAUAUUUCUAUUUGUGUUUGCAUUGUUAUAAGCAAUUGAAAAGAGCCUAGUAUAUUGAAUGAAUCUACUGCUUUCGCUUCCGCUGGUUA